GAAUAUCAUUAAAAAUCCCGUAUUUAGCAUGCAUUGGGCUUCAUUGAUUUAAGUCUACAUGUAGUCUGUGGUGCGCGAAAGAGAGCUGAUUGUUGCUUCUUCAGAUAAAAUUAAUCUUGCCCAUCAGAAUGAAUACGCUGGCGUUUGCCCCCACCUCUCCUCAAGCAGUGUACUCUCUCCCUGCUACCAUACCCGCCUCAGCAGAGGUCCCAAUAAUGCAGGUCCAGGUCGGUGUGGAGAUACCCAACAGGGUGUUCGUGGGAGGAUGCCCCUACAGUAUGACUGAAAAGGAGCUGGGAGAUUUCUUCUGUCAAUUUGGGCCUGUCAAAGACUCAAAAAUUGUUUUUGACAAAGCCAGUGGAAAAUCGCUAGGCUAUGGAUUUGUGACCUACAUAUGUGAGGCAGAUGCAGUCAAUGUCUACAAUAAAGGCAGUAUUUUCUACAAUGAGAAGAAACUCAAUGUCUCCAAGGCAAUCCGCAAGCAUGGUGGACAGUAUGUCAGGCCCAACCAGGAGUAUAAUAACAUGUACGUCCAACCCAAUGGCUACUUUGUCGGUGGUGACGGUCUAUGGCGAUACCAAGCCCCUCAAACACAACCUGUCAGCCCUUACUUUGUGUACAUGGCUCCCAGUAUGCAGCAGCAACCCACCAUGCAGUACAGCCUUCAAACUCCCACCCUCACCCCAAUGGCCAGUGCUGCCUACAUACCUCAGCAUCACUCAGUGUAUCAGUCACCUCUGAAGGUGCCCCCCAUCGCUCUGCAAGCUCCUCCAAACCAAGCAGCAGCAGCCAUAGAAGUCAUCGAGAUUGAAACCAGUACAACUGUGACCACUAGCAGUUCUGAGCAAGAUUCCUCGGUUGAGUCCGACAAAGAAAAUACGUUCAAGCCGAUCAAUUCUUCUCUGUCUAGUGAUGAGCAAGGCACCGCUGGAACUGAUCUCCAAGGUGUCGAUUUGGAUAGAAUUUUCGAACGUCGUAACACGCCCCCUCGUAAAAGACCCUCCCCCCAAAAGGCUGCUCACUACGUGUACCCGCAAUACCCCGGGCAAUUCCCUCAACCAGUCUACCAGACUGCCGGCUAUGUACCUAUGUAACUCUGUUACUAUGUAACUCUCACUGUCGCUAUGUAGUAGCUUCACAGCAAUAGAAUUUUUUUACUACUCACCACCUUAUGUAAUAAUACGUCUCCUCUAUAGCUCAACUCACUCACAGUAAAUGCUAUCCAUCACCCUACAUUAAUUAAUACGUACAUUUCAUUUCUGUACCCACUGACACAAUACUUGUAAUUCAUCAUUGCCUUAAUAAUUUAUUAUUAA